GGGCUCCAGGCCUUUAAACAACCUAGAUUAAAAAAAAAACCAACAGGGUUUUAGAAAUUUGCAGAGAUGAGUGGGGCUGGAGCACCCGAUUUUUUCUACAGGGAAGCUCAACGCCUUGGCUAUGUUGCUCGUUCUGCUUUCAAGUUGCUUCAAAUGCAGAAGCAAUAUAAGUUGAUAAAGCCAGGUUCUGUUGUUCUUGACCUUGGUUGUGCCCCUGGUGCUUGGCUUCAGGUUGCUUGUCAGAGUUUGGGUCCAUUGAAGAAUGGUGGGGCUGUUGUGGGAAUUGAUGUUAAGAAGGUGAAGGUUCCUUCUCUUCACUGUGAUUCAAGGGUCCAAACUGUUGCUGCUGAUGUCAUGAAUCUAUCCAAGCAACAAGUUAGGGAACUCUCACCUAAGAAAAAGGGUUUCUCAGUUAUACUUUCAGAUAUGUGUCCCUUGGUUUCUGGAAUUACAUCUCGGGAUGCAGCUUUAUCCUUUGAGUUAGGUAUGCGAGCGGUUGAUUUGGCUGUUGGUAGAGCUGCCGACAUCCCAGGUGAUAAUUUUCAAAUGGAAGGAGAAUCAUGCACUUACAAUCCAGAUGAUAAUGGUGUAUUGCAAUCCAGAGGGCAUCUUGUCAUUAAGCUUCUGGAGAGUGAGGAUACAAAAGAGUUGAACCAGGUCUGCAAACCACUCUUCAAAAAAGCAUCAUGGUUAAGGCCUAAGGCUACAAGAUCUUCAUCCAGAGAGAUUUAUUUAAUUUGUCAAGAUUUGCAGUCAUAGGUCCAACAACCAGCAGCAGACACCAAGCUGUGCUAAUGUUCUUGCCAUCUGUAAUUUUGUUGACAGCUGGGAUACAUGGGGAAAUUAUAUGAGCAGAAGGCAUAAAAAAUAAGGCCUUGUAAUUUUUGUUGCGCAUAAUGUAAUUACAUUGGCAGAAAUUGGAUGGUGUUAUUUCUGUAAGUCUUCAGAGAACAUACUAAAUAUGAUCUGUGCUUUCUUCAAAAAAUUUUCUUACAAAAAAUUUUAAGAGAAA